AUAGCUGACAGAAGUUAUGUGCACAAUAUUCCAUUAUAAAUAUUGAUUUAUUUAUUUUACAAUAACUAAGUUUAAUUAGAAUCGUAUCUUUAUCACUUGAAUCCACAUAGUCCAGUACAUUAUUUACACACAAUUAACAAUGCCUUCACCUCGAGACCAAGAGGAAGAUGCGAAUUUACCGAUAUACGUUCGUGUUGUAUCAUCGAUUUUUAUUGUGUCAGCCAUAAGUGCAUUUGCUUUCACUGUGGCCCGGCUGCUGAAUCCCUAUCUAUUUUAUGAGAAAGAUUUAGUAGGAACUGAUCUAAUUGUGCACUACCUGAUAUGUGGCAUGAUGGUGUUGGCGAGUGUGAUUGGUGUGGUGAACAGUGCGGUGAUGCUGAGCCGCAGUCAGCGGGCGCGGGCUGUCACUGUCUGGUUGCUACUGGACUCGCUGUUUGAAGGUGCUCGCGUUGUGUACGCAUUUGUGAGCGCCGCAGUGCUGCACGGUACCGGUCUACUGCUGCGCUACGAGCUCGCACUCACCCUUGUCCAGUACUUGCUCGACAGCUAUGUAUACUGUCAGAUGAUAUUGAGACACUGACAGUGCGAGAGACAGCUGCAGCGCCGUCGGCAGCUAAACAACAGAACUGUUCACUCAAAGAAACUUUUAUAACAGUUAACUAUUAGGCUAAGCAAAUGUUUUAUCAUACCAAAGGAGUGGCAUUCUGAUGGCAUCUCUGGUCACUCUAGUAUUAUUAUGUGUUAAAAUGUAUUUAAGAUUAACUAGUAGAUGCUGUCCCAAGGGCAGAUCAUUUCGUAGUGAGAUUGUUUUGUAAAAGAUAUUAUGUUUUUAAAACAUUAUUCCGUGUUAGCUGUGAUUUUAUCUAAUGAAAGCUUUACCUCUACAGAGGCAUGAGACUGUAGAUAAUAGACAUUGCAAUGUAAUUUUUACUUUUUUUUGUUGGCUGAUUUUUUUUGUCUUUAUUGUUAUUUUUUAAUUUAAAAGUGAUAUUGGCCAUUUUAUAAAGGUAAAAAGAUGCAUUCCUAUUUCUAGGUUCGUUUAAUUAUAUAAUUUUAAAUGUAUUAACGUAACUUGAGUAAUUUCUUUGGUCCGCCUUUGAGUAGUAUGUUACGCUUGUACAAUUUCUUUGUCCUAGAAUUUUGGGAUAAAAAUAUAGUGCAACUCGCCUUAAAUACGUAUAGGGGAAAUAAAAAAUAGCAUAAGCGAAAAUUAUUAUAUAAAAAACAUUCUUUGACAAAGAAAUUGGAUCUAAGAACUGCCAAAGAAUGAAUGACUUGAUAUGUUUUAGUUCCUAGCUCGUAUUUCAGCACAUUUUGAACAAAGUAUGUAACGAAUUGUAACGUAAUGCGUACGUUUAUCGUCAAUGGAAUUAUUCAAUUGAGAGUUUCCUGUUGUUGAAUUGAUCUGACGACUUUUUAGCACUAACCGAGACUGGGAAUGGCUCUUGUCAAAUAAAACUGGGGACAAUAUUGGAACAAGCAUUUCCGUAUAUAAUCUGUACCUUUGAGACACUGCCAAAGCAUUACAUGCAUGUUCCUUACUAGUUCAAUGCUAGAUUUUUUCAUUUAAAAAAAAUCCUAUACACUUCCUCGGUCGACUAAAUUUCUGUCAAUCAAAAAUAAAACAGGAAACUGUUAUUUUUAUUGUGAAAAAGACUUUACUAAUAUAUGUUUAAUUUUAGUUUUUCUCUUUCUUUUUUAAUUUUAUAUUAAGUUUUUAAACACGACUUAUCUGACAUUCUAUCAGCUAAUAUUUUUCAUUUAUGUUUAUUGUUAUUAUCUCGUAAGUUAAACAGACUGGCACAGCAUUUACUCUCCCGCCGUAUACUUAGAUUUAAUUUAUAUCGUAAUAAGUAUCGAAUAUAUAGGCUCUGUAAGUGUUGAAACAAGAAUUGUAAAGUAUAAUUAAGAUUUUAUGCACUCAUACAUUUGUAUAUUUCAUAGCAAAAACAAACCAUUUAAGUUGACAUUUCUUUUCCAUCUCUUAUGCAAAUAUCUUUGCGGUUGCAAUUAACAUCCGUCAAGAUAUCAGGAAACUAUAAUGUAUUUGUUAAUAAUUUGUAUUAAAAAUGCAGGUUUUUUGUUACAUGUAACUCGCCUCGUAAACUAUUAAUAAUGCAACAUUUAUUUUUAGUAAAAACCGUACAAAGAAGAUUGUCAAUUAAAAUUUUU